AUUUCCUUUGCUCUUGCGGUUGACAGCAGCUUUCAUUUCUCUUGCAAGCAUUUUCCUUCGGUGGACGUGGUUCUGUUUCGGCUGCUGGUGCGGUGAAUUUGGCGUGAUUUAAGUAAAAAUUACUGGUUGUUUUGGGUGAUUUUCUACGAUUUAAUACGCACAAAAUGAGGAAUGCCGUGUACGCCGUCUUGCUGGGUCUGUUCGCCCUGAGCCACCUGGGUCUGGCCAACGAGGACAGCAGCGCGCGGUUGCUGGUCUCGAAGCAGAUUCUGAACAAAUACCUCGUCGAGAACCGGGACAUUGUGGUCAAGUACACCGUGUACAAUGUGGGAACCGGAGCGGCCACCAACGUUCAGCUCGUCGACAACGGCUUCCACCCGGAAGCGUUCACCGUCGUGGGCGGCCAGCUGACGGCCACCAUCGACCGCAUCGCACCGCAAACGAACGUCACGCAUAUCGCUGUGGUGCGGCCAAAGGCUUUCGGAUACUUUAACUUCACCGCCGCCGAGGUCAACUACCAGCCCACGGAGGAGGCCACCGUGCUGCAGUUUGCCGUCAGUUCCGAGCCCGGUGAGGGAGCCAUCGUGGCCGAGGCCCAGUUCAACAAGCAGUUCUCGUCGCACUACCUGGACUGGUUCGCGUUCGCCAUCAUGACGCUGCCCUCGCUGGCCAUCCCGUACGCGCUCUGGUACAGCUCCAAGACCAAGUACGAGCUGCUGGCGAAACCCGCCGCCAAGAAGGCACUGUAAAACCUUGGAGGGAAGCUAAUCACAGCGGCUGGGGCAGAUUUUUACUGCUCUGGACAUCUUCUUUACGAAAGACUAAUUUAUUAUGGAUAAGAGAAAAAAACAAACCGAGACUUUUUGCUCCAGUUUCCUAUUUUGUCACCGCUCGCGAAGAGGACCCAGUCUGUUUGGACUUUAACGGAAAAUGAUGAACAACAAUAUCAGAGGGGGGUGUGAGCUGGAAAUGUGCAUUUUGAUUAUUUUUCCCGAGAGCAGAGCAAAAAGCAAACUACUCAUCUGCUAUUUUUUUUUUGUUUUGUUACAUUGAAUCGUACACCAUCAAACCAAUAAAUCGUAGGAAAAAUCGAAAAAGAG